CGUCAAUCGACUUCAAUCUACUAGCUUUCUAUCUAUUAUGACUUAUCAGCAAACUUUGUUUUUUCAUACACUUUGGCUGGUGCCAAUGUUUGAAAUUGUAUUAUCAUAAUGGUUUCUAUUUUACUUAAUAUUUGGAUUUUUGUAGCGGUAAUACUACCUUUUGUUGAAUUAAAACAUGACAAAGGGUAUAUUGCUUAUUGUCCAUGCAUGGGAAGAUUUGGAAAUCAAGCAGACCAUUUUCUAGGAGCUCUGGGCUUUGCUAAAGGCAUAAACAGAACAUUGAUUUUACCACCUUGGGUUGAAUACAAGUAUGGUGAGCCAAGAUCGAUACAAGUUCCUUUCAAUAAAUAUUUCAAGAUAGAUCCACUGUCAGAGUUUCAUGAUGUAAUAUUAAUGGAAGAUUUUAUGCAGAAUAUUGCUCCCGAAAUUUGGCCUCCUGAAAAAAGGAUAGCAUUUUGCUAUUCAUCUCGUGGUUCAAGUGGAGGAUGCAGUGCAAAAGAAGGCAACCCAUUCGGACCGUUUUGGGAUACUUUUAAUAUAAACUUCGUUGAUUCUGAAUUUUAUGGUCCUUUACAUUAUGAUGUUUACUACAGUGAUAUGCCAGAAAAAUGGAAUCAGAAAUAUCCUACUGAGAAAUUUCCUGUUUUAGCAUUCACAGGUGCUCCUGCAUCAUUUCCAGUUCAAAAAGAAAAUACAAAAUUACAUAAAUAUUUAAAAUGGAGCGAGAAUAUUUCACGUGAAGCGAAGGAAUUCAUCAAAAAAUCUUUACCAAGAGGAGCCUUUAUCGGGAUUCAUCUUCGAAAUGGAAUUGAUUGGGUUCGUGCUUGUGAGCAUGUGGAGAAAUCUCCUCUCCUGUUUGCUGCACCCCAAUGUGUCGGCUAUUCUGGAAAGCAAAAGGCUACCAAAGAAAUGUGUCUUCCGAGUGAAGAUAUAAUUAUAAGACAAAUUAAAAGGCAUGCAAGAUCGCUUGGUACGAUUAAGUCAUUAGUCGUUGCUUCAGAUUCGAACCAUAUGCUGCCGGUGCUGUCUAAGGCUCUUUCUCGUAUGGAGAUAACCGUUGUGAAGGCUGAAGGAUCGAGUCCUCAUGUAGAACUGGCUAUACUCGGAUUGUCAAAUUACUUUAUUGGGAAUUGCAUUUCUUCUUUCACGGCAUUUGUAAAACGUGAACGAGAUGUCCGAGGACUUCCUUCGGGAUUUUGGUCUUAUCCAACAUCUAUAUCUUCAAAACACGAUGAACUAUAAUUGUAAAAGACUCUUGUUAUAUACUUAUACAUGAAUAAUGUCAUGAUUGUAUGUAAUACAAAUAAAUGUGAUCUCAUAGAAUAUUAAAUUCAAUCUCAUGUAACAUUAUGAUUUAGAAUCCUAUUUAGUAUACUAGAUGACUUAUUAUUUACCUAUCUUUUGAAAAUAAUUAUAUAAAAUGAAAUUCAUGUAUUAAAUAUGAAAAAAAAAGAUCUGUUAGAUAUUAAAAAUCAGCUGUUGAUUUAAUGUUUCAUUACUCAGGUGAUGGAAAUAGAAACUAGAAGAAGACAACAGUAAAUUGAAUGAAUCAUUAGAGAUAGAGAAUUUCUUUCAGUUAGCCUUUAUUAUUUAUUCUCAUCCUGAUAUUUUUAAGACUGAUAUGAGAUUGUAUUUAAUUUUCUUCAGAAUUAUGUUUUAUAACAGUACUUAUGCAUUCCAUGAAUGUUAUAUAUAAUAUAUUUAGGUAUUAUUUACAACUUUAAAAGUUAUAAAAUUCUCUUAGUAUGUAUUAUUUAUUAUUAGUUUUGUUACUAUGUAUUCAUUGAUAAGUAUAUUAUUACCAGCUUUAAAAAAUUGUAAGUUAUAUAAUGUUUUAGGAUAAUUUGUUGUAUAAUAACGGAAUCUCUCUGUGUAAAAUAGAUUUGUAUUUUUUUUUUUUCUUUACAUAAAUGAAAUGAUAUUAAGUAGGAACUCUCAAUUGCACAUUCAUAUUUGGUUUACCUUUAAUAUUUUAAUGCAAUUUUUUUAUAUUCUUAUUAUAAUGUUUUUCAUAGUGGUUGGUGUAAGUUCCUAAACAGCGCUGAUUCUAUUGAUGACAUCAGAUCCUUCUCUAAAUGAUGCCAUCGAUUAACUCAGUGUUGAAUUUAGGAACUUGACCUUGUUUUUUCAGUUUUUAUUUCUGCACAAAAUUAAAUAAAACUUCUUAUUUGUGUAUAA